AGUGGGAUUAUGACCUUCUCGACUGAACGCCUUGUCCAAAAAUUCCGUUCCCUCCACACGCCCGUUGAACGACAACACAUCCAGACAAAAUGGCGCCCACCGCAAAGAAGCAAAAGAAGAAGUGGUCCAAGGGCAAGGUCAAGGACAAGGCCCAGCACGCUGUCAUCCUCGACAAGACCACCUCUGAGAAGCUCAACAAGGAUGUCCAGUCGUACCGCCUCGUCACCGUCGCUGUUCUCGUCGACCGCAUGAAGAUCAACGGCUCGCUCGCCCGCAAGUGCAUUGCCGACCUCGAGGAGAGGGGCAUCAUCCGCCCGAUCGUCACCCACAGCAAGAUGAAGAUUUACACCCGUGUCGGUGCUGCCUAAGUUAAUGGCUCCACGAACUUGGUAUUGGGAUAUGGCGUCGGGAUGGCCUGCUUGAUAAAAGGCCCGCAAGGUCAAGGGACGGUGUCAGGCGGAAAAGCCUACAGGGACAUCGUUUUUGCAAUGAAUGCUCAUGGACCGGAUCUGCCUCCGAAACGGCGACGAAAUGAAAAUGACGUUAAAUCAUCCAA